AUGAAUAAAAAAGAGGAAAAACAAAAAGAAAGUGUUUCUAAGGAAAAGAUAAAAAGCGAAGAAGAGGUUACGAAGGAAAAAAGGGUUAAAAAAGAACAAUUAGAAAACAAGCCAAAGGAGGAGAAAAAUAAUAAACAAAAAGAAUUUCGCCUUCAAAUAGAAGAGAUAUAUAAAUACAGCAAUAAGAAAUUUGUUCUUGCUGUGCUUGAUUUUUUGGUUGAUCUAGAAGAAAGGGCUUUAAAGUUAAUGCGGGGUGAUUCAGAUAAAAGAGUUCAAAAUCAUUUAAUUGGAAUUGAAAUGAUGCGAAAUAAUUUAUGGAAGAAGUUGGAGAAUGAGGAGGUAGAAGAUGAGCAACUUCCAGAAAGAACAGUUAAAGAAGUUAAGGAGAAGGGUUAUCUUCUUCAUGGAAAAGUUCUUCGUCCGGCCAAGGGCAAGAAUCCUAGGGUUUUAGAAAACGAAGAGGGUGGGAGAACUACUCCUUCAGUGGUGUCUUUUGAUAAAAAAGAAAAUAGAUUUUUAGUAGGAUUGGCAGCUAAACGACAGGCAGCGAUUAAUCCAGAAACUGUUUUUUCUAUUAAGAGGAAGAUGGGAACUUCAACUAAAGUUAAGUUAGGAGGAAAAGAUUUAACUCCUGAACAGGUGUCGGCGGAAAUACUUAAUUAUCUAGCCGGUUAUGCGGGGAAAAAGUUGGGGAAAAAAAUUACUCGAGCUGUAAUUACUGUUCCUGCGUAUUUUAACGAUGCUCAAAGAAAAGCAACCGAGAAUGCUGGACUAAUUGCAGGAUUAAAGGUAGAAAGAAUUAUUAAUGAGCCAACUGCUGCGGCUUUAGCUUAUGGUUUGGAUCGUGUUGAAAGAGAUCAAAAAAUAUUAGUUUAUGACUUGGGUGGUGGAACUUUUGACGUUUCUAUUCUUCAAAUUACUAAAGGCGAAGAAGGAGGGACUUUUGAAGUUCGUUCCACAGCAGGUAUUAACGAUUUAGGAGGAGAUGAUUUUAACAAAAGAUUAGUUGAUUACAUAAUUGAAGAAUUUAAAAAGGAGAGUAAAAUUGAUCUUCGUACUAAGGAUAGAGAAGAAAAAGAUCGGAAGAUUACUUUACAAAGAUUACGAGAAGCAGUUGAGCAAACUAAGCAUGAAUUGUCCGCUAAGUUAAAAGCUACUGUUUCUAUUCCUUAUAUUGCUUCUCAUAAUGGUGAAACUUUUCAUUUGAAUGUGGAAGUUACUCGGGCUAAAUUUGAGGAAUUAACAAAAGAUUAUAUGAAGAAAACUGCUGAAAAAGUGGAUGAAGCUCUUCGGGAGGCAAAAUUAAGAGAAGGUGAAAUUGAUCAAAUAAUUUUGGUAGGGGGUUCCACACGAAUGCCGAUGGUAGAAAAUCUUAUUAAAGGUCGUUUUGGUGAAAAAAGAAUUAAUAAGUCAGUCAAUCCAGAUGAAGUAGUGGCAGUGGGAGCUGCUAUCCAAGGAGCAGUAUUACGUGGUGACAUUAAAGACGUGCUUUUAUUGGAUGUUACUCCGCUUUCAUUAGGGAUUGAGACGGAGGGAGGUAUGUUUGCCAAACUUAUUGAACGUAACACUACUAUUCCAACUAGAAAGUCUGAGUUUUUUUCUACUGCUAUGGAUAAUCAGCCUAGUGUUUUUAUUCGUGUUUUUCAAGGGGAAAGAACUCGAGCUCAGGAUAAUAAGUUGUUGUCUGCUUUUGAGUUAACGGGUAUUGAGCCAGCACCACGUGGUAUUCCGCAGAUUGAAGUGGUUUUUGACAUUGAUGCUAAUGGAGUUGUGUCAGUUUCUGCUAAAGAUAAAAAGACUGGCAAAGAACAGUCGAUUGUUAUUAGAGAUAGUCAGAGUUUAAGUGAUGAAGAGAUUCAAAGAAUGAUCAAGGAAGCAGAAGAAAAUCGGGCUAAAGAUGAGGAAUUAAAAGAUAAUUUAGAGACCCUGAAUCGAGCUCAAACUUAUUGUUACACUUUUGAAAAGCAAAUUGAAGAGUUUAAAUCUCACAAAAAUUUCAAGGAGGAUGACCCUCAAUUCCAAGAAUUUAAGAAGUUGUAUGAAGGUUUAAAAAAAUUAACUGAGGAGAAGAAUUAUCCAGAGUUAAAAAAUCAACUAAACAAGAUUGAUGAGAUGAUGAAACUCUCUAAUGAGUUAAUGCAAAAGAUGCCUAAAGAAAAUAGUGCUAAUGGUGAAGAGAUUGUUGAUGUUAGCCCGGAAAAAAAGGAUGAUGAUAAAAAGUAA